CUCGUAGACUGUACUAUUACUACCACUACCAAUCUACAUCCCACAUACACCAACAAAAUAACUAAUAAGCCCAUUCAUUCUUAAUUCUUUCAUGUCAUCUCCCACCCUACUCCGUAUAAUAGGACGAUCAGCACAUUCUACACAACCACAACCACAACCACAACCACCCACCAACUCCAUACAAACCACACCCCCACCAAAUACAUACACCCUCACCACACAACCUAAAAAACACCACCAUCAUCAUCAUCAACAACGAACGGCAAACAGCAAACAGCAAACAACAAACGUAACUUCAACCCCUCUCUUUCUACAUCAAGCCAUGAACCCAAUCACAGCUACCUACUAAGCUAUAGACCGUCAAAGCCCGGAGUUUUGGAUCCAACCGGAACCAAAAACAACAACAGCCAAACAAUCAACCAACCCCCGGGGGACUUUAUAAGUG